GCCGAGCCAGCACCAAGCUUAGCAGCUCGAAAGCUUUCUCCUACGACUGCGAGCUGAUUUUCUCAGAGCCGGUUGGUGGUAUGGUCUGGGGCGUUGCGGCAGAUGAGAGGCACAACCUCCUGAUUGCGCCGGCACUAGAUCAUAUGGUGUAUGUCUGGAACAUGACGCGGGCUGAGCCUUCGAAUUGGGAGAGGCACAUGCUGCAUGAGCAUCAGGACGAAGUCUGGAGGGCAGCAGUUCAGUCAGCAUACCAGGAUGAGGAGGCGCCCAGGCAGCCUGUGUUCUUAACGGCUUCCUUGGAUGGCACAGUGCGGAUCUGGAGCAGGUUCCGCGCCGGGUUCCAGAGCCGGGUCCUCUACAACAGCAGCUACAUGGUCACGGCGCUGGCGGCCUCAUCCUGGAUCGCGCAUGGGGACAAGAGCGGCCUUAUUGGCCUGUGGAAGGGACCCGACACUUGGUACCGCGGGCUGCAGGCGGAUGACGUCAUGAUCCAGGCAUUGGCCUUUGCAUCCCGCAACCUCCUGGUUGCGGCUUCUGAUGAUGGCUGGCUUCGCGUUUGGAACGUGACAGCUGGCGAGGUGCAGCUGGCAUGGCGCGCCAACAAUGGCAGUGUGGUGAGUUUGGCCACCACGGAGCAAUUCCUAACAACAAGCGGCUAUGACCGACUUGGAAUCCGUGAGCCGUGGUCGCUGCAGCUUUGGGACUUACACUCCGGUCAGUUCAUUUCAGCAACUGGCAAAUUUGGCGUGGUGACCCACGCGACUCGGCUGCUACAAUUCAUAGAGAAUCAAAUUCAAAUGAGCAAGGAACAGGACAUGGAAGCUAGGGUUAUAGUGUCAUAUAGGGGAUUUAUGGGGAUCAUAUCCCAACUGGUGGAGAAUCACAUGGAAAAUGAAAUGGGCGCCAAUAUGUUGUUGUGA